CCCUUGCUCUGUGGUUUGGUGUUGUCAGUUGCAAAAGAGGAAGCUGUCGCUCUCAGGCAUCGGUUUCCCAGACACGAGGAGGAGGCGGAGGCAGCCGAAGCCGUCAGCAGCCAGCCAGCAAGGACGCUCCGUCAGGGAGAUGGAGCUGUGGAAGCAGUGUGCCAACUGGUUGAUCCAGUGCCGGGUGCUGCCCCCCAACCACCGAGUGACCUGGCCCAGCUCCCAGGUGUGCGAACUGGCUCAGGCCCUGCGCGACGGCGUCUUACUCUGCCAGCUUCUCAACAACCUAAUGCCCCAUGCCGUCAACCUGCGGGAGAUCAACUUGCGGCCCCAGAUGUCCCAGUUCCUGUGUCUCAAGAACAUCCGCACCUUCCUCUCCACCUGCUGCGAUAAAUUCGGCCUGCGCAAGAACGAGCUCUUUGAAGUCUUCGAUCUCUUCGACGUACGGGAUUUCGGGAAGGUGAUCGAGACCUUGUCGAUUCUCUCAUGGACUCAGAUAGCUCAAUCCAAAGGGAUCAUCCCCUUCCCCACCGAGGACAGCGUCGCGGACAAUGACAUUUACGGCGACCUUUCGGAUCAGAUUGAUGACACGGUGGAGGAAGAUGACGACCUGUACGACUGCGUGGAGAAUGAGGAGGCCGAAGGAGAUGAAAUCUACGAAGACCUGAUGAGGUCGGAGCCGGUUGUCAUGCCAAAGAUGACAGAGCUGGAUAAGCGGAACUGCUGCCUUCAAGAAAUCAAACAGACGGAGGAGAAAUACACAGACACAUUAGAAUCAAUCUACCAGCACUUUAUGAAGCCCCUGCAGAGAUUUCUAAAGCUGGAGGACAUGGAGAACAUUUUCAUCAACAUCGAGGACCUCGUGAAGGUGCAUCGAUUCUUUUUGGAUGACCUGAAGAACGUCCUGUCCUUCAGCAACGCCCAGAACCUCUACCAGGUCUUUAUCAAGUACAAGGAAAGGUUCCUGCUCUAUGGCAGAUACUGCAGUCAGGUGGAAGCAGCCAGCCGGUGUCUGGACCAAGUGGCUGGUGCCAGCAUGGACGUGAGGAUGAAGCUGGAGGAAUGCUCCCAACGAGCCAACAAUGGGCGCUUCACCCUGCGUGACCUGCUGAUGGUGCCCAUGCAACGGGUGCUGAAAUACCAUCUGCUUCUGCAGGAGCUGGUGAAACAUACGGUGGAGCCGACAGAAAAGGAGAACUUGCGGCUGGCGCUGGAUGCCAUGCGGGACCUGGCACAGUGCGUGAACGAGAUCAAGAGAGACAACGAGACCCUGAAACAGAUCACCAACUUCCAGCUCUCCAUAGAGAAACUGUCACGGUCCCUGGCUCAGUAUGGGAGGCCGAAGAUUGACGGGGAGCUAAAGGUCACCAGCACUGAGAAACGCUCCAAGACGGACAGGUAUGCCUUCCUUCUGGACCAAGCCCUGCUCAUUUGCAAGAGAAAAGGGGACUCCUACGAGAUGAGGGAUUUCAUCGACCUCCAUACUUACCAGAUCCGGGAUGACUCCUCAGGAGAAAAGGACAAUAAGAAGUGGACUCACAUGUUCCACCUGAUCUGUUGUUACGGGACCCAGGGUUACGAGCUCUUCUUCAAGACGCGAGAGCUGAAGAAGAAGUGGAUGGAGCAGUUUGAAAUGUCCAUCUCCAAUAUCUACCCCGAGAACGCCACGUCCAAUGGCCACGACUUCCACAUGUACUCCUUCGAGGAGAAUGCGUCCUGCAAAUCCUGCCAGAUGCUGCUCAGAGGCACGUUCUACCAGGGCUAUCGCUGCAGCCGAUGCAAAGCCCCGGCUCACAAGGAGUGUCUGGGCCGGGUAGCCCCCUGCGGGAAGUCGAGCUCAGAUUAUGGGUCUACGAUGAAAAAGAACAAAUCCAACCGACACACCCAGGAGAGAAAGAAGAACGACCUUGGGCUGCCCAAAAUGGAGGUCUGCCAGGAGUAUUACGGGCUGCCCCCGCCACCCGUGGCAUUUGGCCCGUCGCUGCGACUCAGCCUGGGGGACAUUGUGGAGCUGACCAAAGCUGAGGCGCAGCAGCUAUGGUGGGAGGGCAGAAACACAUCCACGAAUGAGAUCGGCUGGUUCCCAUGCCAAAAAGUCAAACCGUAUGUGUGUAAUCCUCCCCCAGAUUUUUCUGUUUAUCUUUGGUACGCGGGACCUAUGGAGAGAGCAGAGGCGGAGCAAAUCCUCACAAACCGUUCAGACGGCACAUUCCUGGUGCGGCAGAGGGUCAAGGACGCGGCCGAGUUUGCCAUCAGCAUCAAGUUUAACGUAGAAAUCAAACACAUCAAGAUCCUGACGUCGGAGGGCCUGUACCGCAUCACGGAGAAGAAGGCGUUCAAAGGACUCAUAGAGCUGGUGGAGUUUUACCAGCAGAACUCCCUGAAAGACUGCUUCAAAACACUCGACACCACGCUGCAGUUCCCGUUCAAGGAGCCCGAGCAGAGGGCCAUCUCCAGACCUCCCGCAGGAGGGCUGAAGUACUUUGGUUCGGCAAAGGCUCGCUACGAUUUCUGCGCGCGGGACCGGACGGAGUUGACACUCAAGGAGGGUGACAUCAUAAAGAUCCUGAGCAAGAAAGGGCAGCAGGGCUGGUGGAAAGGGGAGAUCUAUGGCCGGGUUGGCUGGUUCCCAGCGAAUUACGUGGAGGAAGAUUAUUCGGAAUAUUGCUGAGGUCUGGAGCCCUGUGUAAUUUUUUUCCCUCCUGAGAUCAUGACCCACAGGAUUCCCGUGGGCUCACGCAGAGCUCACACUGUGAGCUCACGCGGAGCCAGGCCUGGAAGGGGUCUCUGUAGCAGGAAGAAAUGUUGUGUUGGUGCCCAGUGGCAAGUGCGGCGGGGAGUAGCACCCCCUGGACUAUUAAUUUAUGAACUUUCAGAACCCUCUUCUCUUUCUCUUCUCUCACGCAUGUAAAGGAAGUUUUGUGUUGAAUAAACUGGAUGGGUGGA